AUGACUUGUGAAGAAAUUCUCAAGGCUGUUUUCCCGUUGCUGGAGUGUACCCAACUGGCUAAUUGUAUGUUAGUGUGCAAACAGUGGAGAGAUGCUGCUCAAGAUGAUUACCUCUGGAAAUCCCUUUGUUCUAAAAUAUGGCCGUCAUUUUGCAAGCGGCAAUCCCCUCCCACUUUAACCUACUAUAAACUUUUCCAAACCUUUUAUAAAAGACAGUGUCAUAGAAGCGUUCCCCCUCCGAAACUGACACUUAAUGACUUGGAGUUCUACAUUGACAUUUGGGUUGAAGAAAAAAUAAUAUUCUCAGAUGUGGUGCCAGGGCCUGUUCUUCCAAAGUGGUCCUGGAUUUCACCUCCUGGGACUUGUGAUGAGCUUAGGAUCCUGUUAGGAUUGCCUGAUUACAGGAUGAUUCUACCCUUUGAACCUAGAUUAACGAUUCCUUUGUACCAGUCGGUCAGGGUCUCUGUGUAUGUUGGACGCAGAGAUACAACAAAAGUUACUUGCAUAUUCCGCAAAGCCAAGUUUGUAACUUUAGAUCGAACAUAUUAUCGGAUGUCAGAUUCUCAACCUCUUGAAAUCCCCACUCCCGUUCGUUUAGUUUUACCUUUUGGGGAAAUGUUGUUAUGUUUGCUUUCCAUGGACCAUAGCAAUGAGGCAGCAGUGGACGUUUUUGCAAUUGAGAUAAGAUUCUGUGCUGAUUCUGAAGAUGAGCUCCUGUUGCUGUUUGACAUGCUGGAGUGGAAGUAA